AUAACUUAAUCCAUUUUUUAAAACCGGGGAAAUCUUGGGGAGGGACUCAAAUUUCCUCACCUUCCCUCUCCUCCAACCAAAGAGACCGAUCCUCACAUGUUCAUGCCCCCUCCCACCGUUACAUCCACUUCGACUUUAUAGUUUAUAUCCGACCAACCGUAACGUGCAUAAGCCAGAAGAUCAUCUUCCCAAAUUGCCCAGAUUUUGAUUUCCUGUCUUCCAUACAAUAUAUGCAUCGCAUAUGAUAAAUGUAUGCACGCGUAUGUGUUUGCGGUUGUUGCAUUUCCCACGGCGAUCUGCCUUUGUCGGCGGCCGGUAGCUCGGCGGAUCUAUCUCCAGAGGUAGAGUUUUUGAAAUCUAGAUCAAAACUGAAACUUCAUUAGAGGAAGAUAAUUUGUGUUUGGAGCAGAUGAAGGGAGGCAAUGUUGGGAGAUUUCGGGGAAAACGAUUCUCUCUAACCCUAGCUGCUAUCCUAUUCACAACCAUAGUCCUCUGGUUUUGUGAGAAAAAUCCAAGUCUCACUAGUUUAGUAUCUGAUGAUGAGCUUAUAAUGCAGUCCUCAGGGUUUGUGGUUGAGGACCAUGCUGAUACGUCGCUGCUGCCACAAAAAUCGGAAGAGGAUGAUAAGCCUAGUGAAUAUUCACAUUCUAAUAUAGCAGAAACUGAAAAUGGAGAAAAUAAAAUUGGUGCAUCCAGAACAAAUGCGACAAUCUCAUUUUUUCCUACGCCCGAUCACGGGAAAGGAGUAUGUAAUUAUGCUAGAGGAAAAUGGGUUCCAGACAGUAAGAGACCAUUGUAUUCUGGUCUGGGCUGCAAACAGUGGUUAUCUGAUAUGUGGGCUUGUAGGCUGACCCAACGUACGGACUUUUCUUACGAGGGGUAUAGGUGGCAACCAGAAAUAUGUGAGAUGCCAGAUUUUGAAAGAUCCAAGUUUUUAAAGAGAAUGCAGGACAAAACCAUUGCAUUCGUUGGAGAUUCAUUGGGAAGACAGCAGUUCCAAUCACUGAUGUGCAUGGUUACAGGUGGGGAGAACCGACCGGAGGUUGAAGAUGUAGGAUGGAAUUAUGGUCUAGUGACACCACCUGGUGCUGUGCGUCCUGAUGGAUGGGCAUUCAGGUUACCUAGUACCAACACAACAAUCUUGUAUUACUGGUCAGCGAGUCUGUGUGGAAUAGAGCCUCUCAACAUCACUGACCCUGCCACUCAAUUCGCCAUGCAUUUGGAUCAACCCCCCGCCUUCUUGGCCACUUACAUUGACCAGUUUGAUGUCGUGGUACUCAACACGGGUCACCACUGGAACAGAGGAAAGAUCAAUGCUAACAGAUGGGUGAUGCAUGUGAAUGGGGCCCCUGUUCGCAACAGCAAACUUGCUGCUGUGGGCAAUGCCAGAAAUUUCACUGUCCACAGCAUAGUGAGAUGGUUUGAGGGCAGAAUUGAAGUGCGCCCGCAGCUUCAGGUCUUCUUUCGGACAAUCUCCCCAAGACAUUUCUCCAAUGGGGAGUGGAACACCGGAGGUAACUGUGAUAACACCACUCCACUCACAAAGGGGAGUGGAGUGUGGCAAGAUGACUCAAAUGACCCUGCCAUUGCGGGUGCUGUUAAGGGCACCAGAGUAAGAGUGUUGGACAUAACUGCCAUUUCUGAACUAAGGGAUGAGGCCCACAUCUCCCGUUACAGCUUGAAAGCCUCCGCGAGGGGCAUUAACGACUGCUUGCAUUGGUGCUUACCGGGCAUUCCUGAUACAUGGAACGAAAUCCUUUCUGCGCAGCUUUAGUUCCGGAAAAGAAAAAAAAGAGUUUUAAAAUUAUGUAUUAAAAUCAUAAUUUAUGUAAAGACUAUAUUAUGGAUUAGCUUAGGUCCCUGAGGCAGUUCCCAUGGCGCCCGCGGCGUUGUAAUGCACAAGCCUUGCCAUUGUCACAUAGUGGAAAAUGGAGAAACAGUAGUGGCAGUUAUAUUUGAAGGCCGGCUCUUGAAUUUUUUUUCUUCCACAAGGCAAAAGAUGUACACUUUAUUACUUUGCAGAGUCUGUUCCAAUCGGCAAAAUCCCCAUC